CCUUUUUUUUAUAUUAGCAUCUCAAUCAAUACAUAGGCGGAUGGUUGAGAAAGAUUUGGAUUUUCCGAAAAAUUUGUAUAGAUGACAAGCAUUUUUCAACCAAUAUGUCUUCAGACAUAAUAACAGAUUUCAUUAUUACUUUAAUGUGUUUACUGCUAUUGGCACACCAUGCAGCAACUGAAAUACAAGACUGUACUGAAGACUUCAAAACAUGUGAAGAUACUUACAAAAAGAAUAUUCUUGGUCCUCUGAAUUCACAAACAAGCAAAGCGAAUGACAUUUGCAGAGUCAUUGUGGAGCUCCAACAAUGUCUUUCUGCUCUAACUUGCUCCAUUCCACCAGAGGCCAAGACAGAGACUCUAGACAAGUAUAGGAAAGGAUUGCUUAAACGAAACUAUUCAUGUGAUCCAUACGCUGAACUAACACACCCUGUACAAGAAACCCCAAAAUUUACCCAAAAGGAAAAACCCACACAUAUUUACAAGUCUAACAACGAAUGCACUGUAAACUUAAGUACCUGCAAGGAAGAAUACAUGGAAAAUAUAUACAAAAACAGUGGUCAAAAUGAUCCGAGUAAAAAGUUACAAAUUCAAGCCGAAGCUUGCAGGACUGCCCAAACAUACGUUACAUGUACGAGACAAUGUGGUGAGCACCAUUCUAUGGAAGCAACAGCAAACGUGUGUAGGGAGAUGACCCAGAGAAAUAUUUCAUGUGAGCUAAUCCUUUGCGACACCAAGACAACGUUUAAUUCUGCGCCUGGAUACACACAUACAUUACGUGUCCUGAUUAAUGCCGUCCUUUUAUCUGUCGUCUGUACUGCAAUAUAGAUCAAUCCUGGGCCUCGAUUCAAGUACAAUUUAUACAUGUCAGUGAUUUUGUUGACCUAGAUCAAUGUCCAUGUGACAGGGAAGAAUAGAGAGACAUAAGAAUGAGAGUAAGACUGAGUUGUUGUCUUGAAGAUCAGUUGUCAAUAUUAGCUCGUUUAAUAUAACAAUGGGGUAUGUUGUUAUUUAUGGAUAACUUCCAUAAACGCUUAAUCCCCAAGCCUAGGUUCCUAUAUUUUCGUUGUUUUUCCAUUAUUGUUAUUAUUAUGUUAUAAACGAACGAGUAUUCAUUCUCUGGCGUUGCCAGGGUCGAAUUUCGUUAAAGAGAAACACAAUUUAUUGUCGUGUCUUUAUGUGUCCAGGACUUUCCUGGUGAUGUAGCAGGUUUGAUGCAGUACCGCUCUCUUACGGGCAAUGAGAAUGUUCCUAGGAAUGUUAUUAUUUUUAUUAUUAUUUGCAUUAUUUAAAGACAUUACUUUUGGACUAGUCUUAAAGAUGCGUUUAAACUGAAAAUAUAUCUUGUUAGUGCUUAAAUUAUUUUUUGCUCACUUUUAUCCAAAUCGAUUGAUUCUGAAACAAAUGAUAAACCAAUUUAUGUGGAUCUUUGUAACUGCAAACU